UAGAUUGAUUCAAUUCUUGAAUUUCAAUUGUUAUUAUUUUGGUCUAAUGAUACAAGUUAAUUUUGUGAUUUAAUUGUAGUUUGAUUAAUUAAAGAAAUUUUAUAUUGAUAAUCUAUUGAUCUAAUCCAUGGAAAGUAAAGCUCAGGUUUCUGUAAAUCAGGCAAGAAGAUUAUUGAGACAAGGUUACCCAAUGAGCUUUUUCAACUGUCUACCACAAGUAACCGCCUAUGGUCAAUGCAUAUCAAGCCAAGAAUUGACAGAUAUCAAGAGAAAUGAUUGUUCGAACCAAUUUAAUCAACUAAAACAGUGUUUCUCAACUCAAUUGAAACAAUUUAAAUCAAAGAAAUAAUUGUAAAAGAUUACGUGAUAAUAAUAUUUAUUGUUAGUAAUAUAUUCUAAGUGAAUUUCGAUUUUCCUUUGUCUUAAUUGGCCUUCUUUGUGUUUACACUUUUCUCUCUCAGUUUUUCCUUUCUCUUUCUCUCUCUUUCUUGAUAUUCUUUUAGAAAAUUUGUUCUCUUUCAUCUCUAUUGUUCCAUUUGAAGUUGACCUUUUAUUUACCAAACAAGAAUGAUGGAAUCAUCUUCUAGAAGUGAUUCCGAAGAGGAUGAAACUAGUGCUCCUUUUAGUGAUUACGAGAAUCCAAAUUACCGUAAAUUAUAUGCCUCCCUUUCUGUUACUGCCAUGAUGGGAUCUAAAGUUAAAUCAUCUAAAAUUGAACCUAAAACUGAUUCUGAUGAUCUUGAGGAUGAUGAUGGUAUCGAUGAGACAACCAAAUUAACUGAUGAUUGUAAUGAACAGAUUAAACUACCCGAAGGUUGGGAGAAACAUGAAGAUGACAAUGGUCCAUAUUAUUGGCAUAUACCAAGUGGUACCAUUCAAAGGCAAGUGCCUACAACCAGUUUAUCCAAACGAGACUCAUUGUUUUACUUUGAUGAUGAUGGACUGGAUCAGUUACGGGAACAAAUUUCAAAUGGAAAAAUAUUAGAUGAUAAAUUUCCAGGAGAUGGUGAUGUUUUUACUGUUCAUUCAUUAGGUUGGAUGGAAUUUGAUGAAUCUUGUUUAACUCCUGAACUCAGUUCGAAAGCAAUUAAACGAUGUAUCCUUGAACUUUCAACCCAAACCGAAAAUGCUGUUAAAUGUUGGGGUAAAGAGGAUACCAAACAAUUAACCCUUAAAAUAGCAAAUAGUUGUUUACAGUUACUUGAUCCAUCAAGCUCGAAAGUGUUAACAAUUCAACCGAUUGCAAAUAUAAGAGUUUGGGGUGUAAAUGAUGUCGAUGAUUUUGCCUAUGUUGCCAGAGAUCCGGAAGGAUAUGGAGCAAGAGGUGGAAAAGGAGAAAGUGGUUGUUAUGGUGGUCGAGAAGAGUAUAAUGAGACACUCUCUCCGGUCAGUUCUCCAACUCCCGUUUCAACAACACCGAUAUUAAAAUGUCACGUUUUCCAUUGUGAAAGUUUGAUCGAAGGUGAAAACUCAGCUCAAAAGAUUGCUAAUCUUUUAAAAGAGGAAAUGAUCAGGAUUAAAUCACAUCAAUCAUUAUCAUCAUCGACAACAACAACAACAACUGAAAGGAAAGGAGAAACGGACGAUGAACCUUCAGAAGCAGCGAUUCGACCAUCACAUUUAUCAAUCGAUGAAUACACUGGUUCACCAAUGGAUUCACCAUAUUUAGAGUUUCCAACGCCAAUCGAGGAGCCAAAGAAGACAAUUGUUGCCCGAUAUUUAGGAAAAACACCAGUUCCAAAGCCGAUGGGUGUUGAUAUUCUGAACGAAGCAAUUGAAAGAAUCAUUUUCGACCUUGAUCGAGCUUAUCCUCCACAACCAAAGGCCACUGAUGAAUCAGAUAGCGUUGAGAAAUCCGGAAGAGGAAUUGUUUCUCUUGUUCACAUUUCUCCCUCCACAAUAACCGUUGAAUCGACAAUCGAUCGGAAAAUAUUAGUCGAAUGUCGAGUUCGCUAUUUAUCAUUUCUUGGAAUAUCUAAAAACACCGUUGAAAAUUGUGGUUUCAUCCUACAAGUUGAUGAGAAUCUAUUUGAGGCUCAUUGUUUUGAAUGCGAACCCUCAUCGGGUGCUCUUUGUAAGACAAUUGAAGCAGCAUGUAAACUUAGAUUCCAAAAGUGUUUAGAUGCUCAUAAACAGCGAUGUAACAAUUCAAUUUACAACAAUGUUAAUCAACAAUCUAAAUCACAAUCACCAAACGGUAAUUCAUCAUCGACAUUGAAACCAUCUCAAUCAAUGGGUGCCAUUAAAAACACAUUAAUUAACACCUUCUCCAAAUUGUUAUACAAAAGAUGAAACAAGAAAACCACUUAAAUAAUGAUCAACAAUUAAUAUCAUCGAUUCUUUUGUCAACAAUUACAUUUAAUCAAUAUUGUUUUUGAUUAUUUUCUUCUCGAUCUUAAUCAAUCCCACCAAUGUUUUGAUCUCUCUUUGCCCUUUUAUGAUCAAUUAAUUAGAUCAAAGUGUGUUUAUCAUUUGCUAAUCAAUUGGCCUCGAUCUUAAUUCACUUUUCACCACAAUUAAAAUAACAAAAUUUACAUUGUUAUUGUAAAUUUAAUUACUGUUAAAUCUUGAUGAUGAUUAAUA